AUGUCUGACGCGGAGAUGGAGGUGGAGGCGGACAAGGGCGGCGAGGCCGGGCCCAGCUCCAAGGCCGCCAAGGCCUCCAAGGGCGGGAAGCGCUUUGAAAUCAAGAAGUGGAACGCAGUGGCCAUGUGGUCCUGGGCGAUCUGCACAGACACGUGCGCUAUCUGCCGCAACAACCUGUACGAGCCCAGCAUUGAGUACCAGGCCAACCCCACUGGUGACCCGGACCACCCGGGACUCUCCAUCGCAUGGGGCUGCUGCGGACACGUCUUCCACCUGGACUGCAUCCAGCGCUGGCUCAAGACGCGGUCAGCGUGCCCGUUGUGCAACAAGGAGUGGGAGUUUGCCAAGAUCGAGAAGAUCCUUGCUGGUGGCGCCAUGGCAGUCGACUGA